AUGCAUUUCAGCUUCUUGUUAAAUGUCCUUAUUAUUGUUGCAGUACCUGUAGCAAGUCUAUUAAUUGGUAGUUCUGAUCAUAAUUUGUUCAAAAAUGCACUUGCUCGUGCUAAAUGCACUAAAGUUCUCAAUGCUGAAGUUAAGUGUGCUGAUUGUAAAUAUGGAUGUCCUGGCAGAAAUGGUUUUGAUAAAUGUAGUGACUGUUAUACAUGCAAAAAUUGUAAUAAAAAUAUUUAUGGACUUGGAAAGAGUAUUUCUGCAAUAUGUACUUGCGAAAAAUGUGACUGUGACAGAGAUAGUGAUUAUUCAUGUCCUCAACCAACAUGUAAUUUUUGGCAGUGGCCUUGGGCGCAUGCUCUGGUGAUGAUUGUUUUUGCUAUGCAAAACUUAUCAGUAGUAAUCUUAAAUGCGACCUUGAGUACAUAG